UGAUUAAUAUUUUCACGUAACAAAUUAAACUUCAAAAAAAUGAAUGUUUCAAAAAUAAACGGAUUCGAAUUAUUUGUUUGUUUAGUGCUUUGUGUUUUGAUCGGAAUAUUUGAUUAUUAAUUUAAUAAGUCUACCUAUUUAAACCCUCUUUACGUAAUACCUAACGCGUAGUCGUAAAUAACAAAAUAAAAAACCUAAAAAUGGUGCUCAAAGACCUUGAAACGCCGCAAAGUGCUUCUGUGAAACCAAACCCGCGCAACAACCAAACAAUGUUUAAAAUAUUUCAGAACGUUCAAUACAACGUAGUGCAGCAUAAAAAAUAUGUGAAAGAGCUGAGAAAACUUUACAAAAAGUUAGAUGAAGACUCAUUCCGUGAAAGCUUCAAGAAUGCCCUCCAUUAUUUGUUCACAUUUGGAGACACAAGUGCCAAUGUCGACAGGGUCAUACAGUUUGUGGCCACUUUUUGCACUUGCCUGGAUGAUGAGGAAGAAUUCCUACUUUUUAUAUUUGAAAUAAUAUUUGAUUGCCAGUGUGUGUCAGGUCAAUCAGUGAGAUACCGAGCAAGUCAGCUGCUGGCUGCCGUACUUGCAGCUCUUGGGGAAGAUGCAUCGCUUGAUGAUGACCUCUGUGACAAAUUGUUAGCAUCACAGAUGCAACGCCUACAAGACACGCGCGGCGCGGUGCGGUGUCGCGCGGCGCUGGCGCUGCAACGACUCCAAAACCCUAUGGAACCUGACGAUGAAGUUACACGCGCAUACAGGUUCCAUAUGAGCUGUGAUCCUAGUUCUUCUGUUCGGAGGGCCGUGGUGAUGUCCAUAGCGAAAUGUACGCGCAACGUCCCAUACGUACUGGAACGUCUGUGUGACGUGGACGAGGCCGUGCGUCGCGCGGCGUUUCUGUACAUAGCCGGGGUCAACGUCACGCAACUUAGGGUGCGACAGCGGGUGUUAACACUUAAGGUGGGUCUCACUGAGCGCAGUCAGCGCGUGCGUCGCGUCGUGGAAGAAAUACUGAUACCUGGUUGGCUAGCCACCUUCCAAGGGAACAUAAUCCUUCUACUCAAGGCUAUAAGGCUAGACAACGCUCAUGACGCCAAGGAUUCACAGUAUGUUGCGGGGAAACUGUUGGAAUCGCUGUUCAAGCGUCUCCCAAUUUCCGAGCUGCUGGAAUGGCUGCCCACUGACAAAACUCUUCGGCUAAUACCGGCCGAACAGCUGAACAAAGAGACAGCGUGGUACUGGCGCCAUCUAGCCGAGCAUCUGCAAAACAUCGACGAUGACGAGACACUUGAAACUGUUUUACCGGAUUUGGUCGUGCUUACUGGAUAUAUUAGAGCCAUCGUAGAGUCUCCCUGCCCGUCUGAAACCGAGGACCCGGCAGGGUUCAGUACCAGGCAACAUGUGUUACAUGAGUUAGGCAGUAUGCUGCGGGUGUACGACGCGACUGAUCCGGCCGGAAGGACCGCCCUGCAAACUCUCAUCACGGAUAUCCUAACAGGAGACUACGGCCCUCUAAAGUCGGACGUGGUCCGCGCGUUCGUAUCGGCAUUAGAACUAGUGAUACCCGAAGUGGCGCAGCGCAUAGAGGUGAUCAGCGGCGUCAUCAACUCGCUGCGGGACCCGCCUGAGCCUGAAGUGUUGCCCCCGCCGCCGCCCACCACCGACUGCACGGAGGCGAAACUACAGAGAGCCAGACUUCGUGUAUCACUGAACGUGGCCAUAGAAGCGCAAGAAGAGGCUGUCCGAGAACAAAACUACGCUCUCGCCGCAGAGUGCAAGGCAAAGGUGGAAGAUAUACAAAAGAAACUUGAAGAGUUGAACGCUCAAGCCGCGCCCGCCCCCCCGCCGCCGCCUCCUGUCACUACAAUCAAAGAAAAAAUUUCCGACUCUGAUACUCUGAACAAAUGUCUGACUAUACUAAACGCCGCUCUGGACACGCCACAACUCAAGACUAUCACUCCCAUGUUGCAGAUGAUUUACAAUGAAAUGGAGGCAGAGAUAUUUCAGAACCCCGAUGUACUAGAAAACGCCCUGGAAACUGUUGCGUUGUUCGGAAUGCUGGACCAAGAGUUCGCUAAGGAGAAUAAAGCAUUCUUCUUCGCCAAUCUAAUGGACACGUCGAACGAGCCCACAGUAUCGUGUGUCCUCCGCUGCAUAGUGGACCUGCUGUGUGUGCACGGCGCUAAGGUGUUCGAGGACGAGGCGGAGAUGGACUCCAAGGAGAAUAAGAGUAGGAGAAGCACUUACCACUCCAUUGACGUUAUUGGAGAAGACGGCAAUAUAUCAGAGUCAGCAAUAUCGAUGUCUCCCGCCCACAGCACAGUUAUCGAACUGCUUCUCAAGAUCAUGGAUAGUUCUUGUGCUUCAUACCGCCUGAUAAUUGUGGAAGGGUUAUGUCGGCUGAUACACCUCGGCCACUUGGAAUCACCCUCCAUACUGAGCCGGCUCAUUCUACUGUGGUUCAAUCCAGCUACAGUUGACGAGGAUAUGCUGCGCCAAACAAUCGGAGUAUUCUUCCAAACGUUCCCAAUAUACGUAGACGGCGCUCAGGAACAAAUACAAAAAGCUACACUGCCGACACUGCGAACAUUAGCGAACGCUCCGUCGAGUUCUCCCCUGGCCGAGAUAGACCAGGAGGCGGUCGUCAGGUUUAUAGUGUCGCUCACCAGGGUCAAUCAUGAGUUGGCAGACAGCCAAGGCGCCAUGGCGCUGCAGCUGUGCCAGCAGCUGGCGCGACAGCCGACGUCGCCGCAGGCCGCGCUGCAGAGCCGCGCGCUGGCGCUGCUGUCGCCGCCGCGCGACGCGCUGCUGGCCGCCGAGCUCGCCGCUAUGCUCCGGGACCUGCUACUGAAACUUCCCGACAAACAAUCGUGCCGCAACUUGACCCGUUAUUUAGGGUCGCUAGAGGCCAUGGAGCGAUCGAGUCUUAACAAAAUGUCCAAUACAGGCAUCACGGAGGGAACGAUGCAAGCUGAGGAUACAUUACCAACUCUCGGGCGAACCACUUCAUCCUUACCACAACCGCUGGCACGGAGUACACACGUUGUGAUAAAUGAAACUGUUGAGGAAGAACCUGAAAUUGAUGAAACAUCACCCACUGAAGUUAUAUCCAGGACAUCUGAAGAGCCUCCAGCAGAAGCCAGUGGCGGGGCUCACGUCGACUCGGACAGCAGCGGCGUCUCGCCCGUUAAGAAGGCCAAGAUCACUAAAGGGAAGAAAAAGAAGCUAUCAAUAACCAAACAGACGAAUGAGAAAGAGACCGCUAAAACUAAAGGGACAGAGAAAGAAGUCAAGAAUAAAAAGGACGCAAAAGAAGAGAAAGAAAAGGGGGGAGUGAAAAGGACGCGGUCGCAACGUUCCUUAGUAGAUGUAGAUAGAGCUCAAAAAGCCAAGGCAACAAAGUCCAAGAACAAAUCUCCAGUGGACACGUCCCCGCUGUCAGACUUGGACGCGUCCAAUGUGACGCUGAGGCGCUCCACUAGGGCCGCACACUCCAGUCCCGGCACCGACUCUAAUGGCAGUGAUGGCAAGAAGAAAACCGGCAAGGAAGAGAAAGUGAAACAACAAGCGAAGUCGCGGGGGUCGACGGGGUCAGUGUCCCCCCGCGCUAGCGCCCCCUCGCCGAUGUUGGAUAAUUCGGACGAAACUCUUCUUCAUACCAUUGUCUAUGAUCAAGAAGUGGCGCAGUCGCUGCUGGAGUCUAGCGAGCUGGCGGACAGCAGGCAGUCGAAGGGCAACGUCACCAUCCCAGAGACGCCGGACGCCAGCGACGGGUCCGAAUCUGAGCCAGAAAUAAUAAAACCUAAAGGAAAGAAGAAUGGAAAGAAAAAAUAGUCAGUAACUUAAAAUUAACUUUAAUUUCUAAUAAAAAUAUUUAUAAAUUUUA